CCGCCUUCGAUCGCACCUCACCACCACGACAGUCCCUCUCGACGAGCCAAUUGGUCGCCAUGGCAAGCGGAAAGAGGGCUCGCGAUGACCGCCGCCAGGAAAAGAAGAUGAAGCAGCAGAAACCGACCGAGAAAGCCGCCGCGAAGGCUACCAAGCGUGAGAAGAAAGCGCCGAAACCCCCUCAAGCUCCCGCCGCGCUUGUCGGUCUCGUGCAGACCUUCCUGCACGAACACGGAUACGUUGAAGCUGCUCACAAGCUUCGGGAUGAGGCGCAGGGCACGGGCAGCACAACCACUGCGGUGGAGGGUCUGCCAGACCUGACCAAGAUCUACGCAGAGUGGAAGAAGAGCGCAGGCGGCAAGGCCACCGCGUCUAAGAAAGAGGAUGCGCCCGAGCCUAUGGAUGUGGACGAGGAGAGCGCAUCUAGCAGCGACGGGAGCAGUGACUCAGGCAGCGACAGCGACUCCAGUGAUGCCAGCAGCGAGUCUGUAGAGGAGGCGACAAAGGCGGAGCCUGUGAAAAGGAAGGCACCGGUGAAGAAGAGCAAGUCGGCGACCUCAAGCUCAAGCUCAGCGUCAAGCUCAAGUUCUGAAUCCGAGUCGGAAGAGGAGAGCGCCCCGCCUGCGAAGAAGAGCAAGACGGCGAAGUCCACUUCGUCAUCGUCAUCUUCCUCCGCUUCCUCAUCUUCCAGUGGAUCCAAUAGCGAGUCCGAUGACGAGCCCGCAAACAAGCCUCUCCCCGCCUCCGACUCGUCCAGCGCAUCGAGCGAUUCGUCGUCAAGUGAGUCUGACAGCGAGUCCAGCUCCGAAUCCGAAGCAAAGGAUGCUAAACCCGCAGUGAACGGCACACAAAAGGCACAGUCCAAGGAGGCGAAGAAGGGGGCCUCCGCAUCGUCUUCCUCAUCCUCGUCCAGCUCUGAUUCGUCGAGCGGCUCAGACUCUUCUGAAAGCGAGUCGGACGCUGCUCCCGCGAAGAAGUCAAAGGCCAAGAACGACGGAAAGAAGGCAAAGGAUAUCAAGAACGAAGCUUCGGAUUCUUCAUCUAGCAGCGAUUCCAGCUCUUCAGAGAGCUCCGACAGCGACUCAUCGGAGUCCGAAGCUGAGAAGCCCCAGUCCAGCCCAUACAACCGCAAGAACUCCUCCGAUUCCACAGUGACUCUACAACCUAGCUCCCCUGUUCCCGUAGUGGGCAACAAGCGUAAACUGGCUGGCUCGCCCUCCUCCGACGCGCCUAACAAAGCUAACAAGAGUCACGUCGAGAAUCGAUUCCAGCGCAUCAAGCCCGAUACUAAAGUAGACCCGCGCUUUUCCAGCAACCAAUACGUCUCCUAUGACUACGCCGAUCGCGCCCACGCCGACUUGGCCGUGACUAAGGGCAGGGGAUUCACCAAGGAGAAGAACAAGAAGAAGAGAGGUUCUUAUAGAGGUGGGCAAAUUGAUACAUCUGGCGGGAAGGGUAUUAAGUUUGAUGAUUGAACUAACAUUUCCUUUGUUGUAGGACGUGGUUAUGGGCUGGACCGUAGUGGUGCACCGGGUGAUGCACCGGGUGGUGGUCAUGAACGAGGACGAGGACGUGGUUAUGGACGUGGACGUGGACGUGGACGUGGCGAUUAAGAAGGGGACCUCAUGGAGAAGUGCCGGCGAUAUGCGAUCCUCACAUGAGGGUCCAGGUUGCGAAUUGAUUCUUGAUCGCCGGCGAGCUUGGGGCGGAUAUGGGCAUGGUUUACCAUAGCGUCAAUUGGUUAACAAAGGCUUCAUACCCUGCAUUGGCGGUCUGCGCAUCUUUCGCGCUUUCGGCAACCCAAUAAAUUAGGUAGCCUUCCUUUUAUUCGAAUAUACACACUUUCGAAUUUCUAGUCUUCUGUACCCAU